AUGGUGAUGUAUCUGCCGCCGCGGUCCUCCUCCUCCGGCAUGCGGAGCAUCCGCCGCGAGCUCCAGAGCAGGAAGUCCAAGCCCUUGGCGCCCACCAGGUCGGUCGCCAAGAAGCCGUCCGCGCCGCCGCGUCACGGUUCGAGCGACGCCGUCCAGGAUCCAUGCCCUCGUCCAACGCAUCGAGAGGUACCGUCUUCGACGAUCUCCCAUUCCCGAGGCUCCACCGUCACCGACGCGUCACGACAGCCCCGGCCUCGUGCUUCGUCCCGUUGCACUCCUGCCACUCCGUCUCCGCCGCCGCCUCGGACCGCCCCAUCUUCGGCCGGGUCUGCGUGCCAAGCUUCUCCCAGAGUCCCCGCCCAUCUGAAGCCUGGGACGGUGGUUCGUGUCCGCACGAGGACUGCGACGUUGAAGACGGGUCAGGUUCUUGUGCUCUGGCUCAAAGCCACGAUCUUGUCGUCGUCCACCAACGGAUCCGGCUACGCGGUCGUCUACGACGCCAACUGGCCACCCGGCGAUCUCAAGGGCACCGUCCACGUCGCGCCGCAUCAAGUCAAGGUGAUCAAUCCGUCUCCGUCGCCGACGAAUCCACCGCAGUCCCUGCAUCCGCCCGCAGCUACUGUCGCCGCCACGCCCAAGAAGGAGAUGCCGAGGCCAACCACGGCGGGGAAGAGCCUGCGCCUCAUCCGCAAUCUCUUUCCGGAGAUGGAGCUCCCGGCCCGGGCUUGA